AUGCAGGCCAACGCCCCGAGUGUCCCUCCAGUCGAUCGCACCGACUCUACGCCAUCGGAGGCCGCCUCCAACGCCACUGGAUUCGAACGUCCCCCAUCACAAGGCCACCAGCGAAUAGUGUUCACUGAUGCGGUUGCCCUCCGAUACCUCGAAGAAGACCCCUCGACCGAUGUGCUCCAGCGACGUGUAGCACUGCAAGGCUACGAAAUUUAUGUCGUUGAGCAAUGGGCCUGCUCUCGCGUACAUCCGACGUUCAUCAUCUCGACCUAUACUGGUGACCCUUCGCAUACAGUGAUUGUGGGAGUAUUGAGUGUUCCAACCAAUGAGGCUACAUGGUCACCUCGGUUACGGAUGUACUUUGACGCCAUGAAGCAAUGCCACGCCAGAAGGAAGGAAACACCACUAGGGACGGUCAUGGUCACGGAUUUAUCCUCAUUCCCUUCUGCCCUGAGUCUAAUUCCAAUACCCGACGGCGAUAUAAAGAAACACCGGGAGGACUUUAUUGUAAAUGAAAACUUAAAGAGACUUGGGUGCGCAGGCCGCGCGGGCUUGAAGCUUCAACCUCCCUCAGCGGCGACCGAAGCCAAGUUUCAUCAGCUGUACCGAACGAGUGAGAGAAUUACUUUGUACAGUGCGGUCAUGGAAUUGGUCAGACAGUGCCAGAUUGCCUUGAUGGUGUUUGACAAGCUGGCCCCGGAAUAUGUGGACGGGCUACUCUGUGAUGUGACCGAGGCAGCUGUUAGCGAUUGGUGGACAGAUAUCGGGACGGACCUGUACAACAUUGAGCCAAGCGACAGCAGCCUAGGACCUACCAGCGUGGCUGCGUUGCUGGGCACGUUGCUCGGAGCUCGAAAUCGACUGCACGCCUAUGGCGCCCCUGUGGGGAAAGACGCGUUCGACUUCCCUAAUAUGAAAAGAGGAAUUGCUGGAUUUCAAAAGUCUCAAAAAAUGAGGCGGUCGCGACGACUGGAUCGAGUUACACUGGACCGGUUACACCGCGUCACGGCCAAGGCUGCCAAUGCAGAAGGCUGGACCGAUGCAGUGAAAUCAACCAUGGCGGAGCUCAGUGGACAAGGUGGUGAGAUGGUUAUGGGGAUGGUCCGCGGGCGUGACAAAGGCGGCAUUGCCGAUAUCGAAACACUGGAUCUUGACACAUUCGUACAGUGCUGCAAUGGCGAGAGAGCAAAGUGGCUGUGGCUGGGCAAACCGCGCAAGAGUGGUGUUGAAGACGGGUUCACUCGCGGGACUGGAUCGGAUAUGAUGUUUACCACCGAUGAACAAGGUGGUUAUGUCUGGACUAGUCGCAAGAAAAAUUCGACAGAGGAUAUGUAUGCCGAACGAGUAGGCUCUGGGCUCGAUCGUCCUUGGAAGAUACCGGAACCGACCGCUGAAGAGAAAGACCACCGAAAGAAGGGCGUCAGCGGACGAGUUUCGGACGCGCGAGCAGGAUUAGGGCGUUUCAAGGAUGCAGUGGGCCUGCAGGGCCUUCGCCAUCACCAUCAUUCUGCACGAGAUAGCUCCGAGUUGACAACCGAUCUUGCAUACCGUCCGUCCAUCGACAGUGACAACGAGGCACCGUCAACAAAAACGCGGACUGCCUCUGGGCUCCGGUCAGAUAGAAAGAUAUCAAACGACAUCGAAAAGCUCAUUGAGGAGGAAGAGAAGCCUCAAAUGUCGCCAACUCCCGACUCCGAGAGAAAAGCUCCUGAAAUCCAUAUCGAACCUGUACCAGAAGAUGAGCCAGAAACACAAGCUCAAGACUGGCCCAGUACACAGCAGCCUCCAGUCAUUGAGGAAGAAUCCGAUAUGGAACGCGUUAUGUCUCAGUCGACGGCAGCAUCAACGGAUCGCGAACGUGACCGCGACGGUUCGAUCAGCGGGAUAGCUGUCAUGGCCCUGCGGCGGCCGCAAAGUUACGAAGAAUUCCAAAGCCUUGAAAGUGAGAUUGAACGGCGGGACAACUUCUGCGCACGACACCUGUCGUUCAGCACAGUUGAAGAAGUGGUAUUGAAGUGGGAGCCGCUAGGCGGGAAACCAACGGUCAAAGAAACCGAUAACCUGGAGGAGGCCAUCGCUCAAGAAGACAUGCUUGCCUCUGAGGGGCGCAUCUUCAGCUCGCGGAUUCAAGAGCUGAGCCAGCAUACCGUGCCUUGGGUUGAGCGACAAGUGGAAUCCGUGGACGGUCUCAACCAACUCCUAUAUGACCGCCACGAAGAGCUCAACUCAGUCUAUCUGGAACGAUUCGGCGACUACCAGAGACUGCGCGAACGAUCCAGUGACAUCCUCAUAGAUGAAAGCCACCACCUCGCCGAUGGCGUGAAACGCGUGGAGUUGCUGGGCGCCAAACUGGACUACGAACUACACGUCCUCGAGUCUAAAGUUGAGGACAUGGAAGCCGGCCUGAGUGACUUUGACCGUCACAUUGUGAAUGUCGAGACGAGAAUCAAAGCCCUGGUCAAAGGCGAGGAAGAGCACGACACUUCCUGGACCGCAUGGAUAGCGCGAUCCAUGGGAUUCUCGACCUAA